AUGACGACCAUAAUCCGCAAGGAGACUCCGGCUACGUCUCAAGACAAAGAAACCUCGAAAGAAAAGCAGCCUCUGAACAAGGAGAAGAGUUCUGCUAUGGAGAUCGACGAGAUCGACCCAGAAUGCUCGGAAGUUACCCCGACACGCCCUUCCACACCGGAAAUCAGGAUCUUAUCGAAGGAAGAUCAAGUCAAACUCCGGGAGAGUCAGAAGGCUCUUCAGAAACUCAUCAACAACGAAGAGAUCGAGAGUUAUGUGAAGGGUUGGAACCCAUGGGAAGAAAAAAAGAUACAUUUCCCCUCUCCACCCAAAAAGAAUCUUAUGAAGUUCAAACGGAACAAGCCCGGCAAGAAGCAAAGCUCAAGCUCGACAAAUUUCUCCGACCCCGCCAAAUGGAAGAAGGUGACGGACCUCCUCCAAAUGGCUUCCGGUUUGUACCAGAACGUGUAG